UAUUAUUUUGAAAACUUAACACGCUUAAGAUUUGCUUGAAAAUAUAUACAUAUAUUAUACUAUUGUCAUCCUUUCCAUACCAAGAAAGCAACCAUUAUAAUGAAUACUACCAACGUUCUCCUACGAGCUGUGAUCUUCCUUCUCACCAACGUCGUAUUGUUCAUAUCCUCGGCCUCAAUUCCGACUCAAUGUAAUAUACCAAGCGACUUGAAAAUUCAGUACCAGAAACUAUACAACGCAGCGAUCGGCAAUAACUUUUUCCUACCAGCUGAAAAAGCCCCAGCCGGAAGUGACCAACAAGCACUGACCGUAGGGGAUAAAACUUGCUCUACAUCUUCUGUGUUUACUGAUAUACUUCGCGAGCGUUCAAGCUGCCCAUGGUACCUGACAAUUACCCACAAUUCCACAUAUUAUCCUUCAUCACGCACUGAUGUCGUGUGUCGCUGUACGGAGUGUGUGGACUCUGACAGUAACCACCAAUGUGUGGUGGUUUAUACUCCAAUGACUGUCCUGAAACGUACAGCUGAAUGUGUUGAUGGACUGUACGUUUAUAAACCAAGUGUCGUCGAUGUAGCCACAGCCUGUGUCUGCGCACGGAGAAGCGAUGUAUUAUCCGGAUGAAAUGACAACGAGAGUCGUAAUAUCGGCCAACAUCAUUGAACAUUCAAAUGUGUGUAGCACAAAUGUUUUUCACAAUGUUAUGGAAGGUUCAGUAAACCACUGUGUGGUUGUUAUAAAAAAACACAUAAGAAACAUACACACACACACACACACACACACACAAAAAUCAUACAAGUGUACAAAUUUAAAUGUGUUCUCCCACGCUAUUCAUUUCUUUCUCGCUAACUCAUUCUCUCUCACUUUGUGUGUAUAUAUACUCACAAACACAUACCACAAACUCACACACAUGCACACAAGCACGCACACACACAUGCACACGCAUA